GGAUAAUUUGCUACGUCCAGCAGUCACCCGUUUCGCUACAGCCUUUUUAACACUACAAAGGCUACAUGCAAAGAAAUCAGAACUUAGAAGCUUUGUAGUGUCGGCCGAUUUUACAAGUGGGCCUUAGUCAAAGAAGGUUGAAGGGAAACGGGUUCAACAAACAAUUCUUUCUCAAAGUUUUUGGACUCAAGUGGUAAAGGCGCUAAAAUCAUCCGAGCCCUUAGUCACUGUGUUGUGAUUGGUGGACAGGGAUGAGAAGCCCGCAAUGGGCUACAUAUAUGAUGCGAUAGAGAGGGUGAAAAAUAAGAUCAUAAACCAUUUUAACUAUAGAGACCGUGAUUACAAGCCAAUUUUAGAUAUUACAGAUAGAAGAUGGGGCAGCCAAAUGUCAUCCCCAUUGUAUUCGGUUGCUUACAUCCUUAACUCAGCCUGUUUCUUCGCUUCUGCUGAUCCAGUAGAAGCACUAACUAUGCAUAUGGUUGGAUUUAUUGAUGUCUUGAAAAGUGAUUCCAGUAGAGGAGAACAGGACAAGAUCUCAACUUUGCUGGACUUUUACACAAAAAGUGAAGGGAUAUUCUCAAGGGAUAUCAUAAUAAGACAUCGGACAAUGAAAUUACCCAGUAAGUACUUCUAUGAAUGUUAGUGUACUGUCAACUGUGUACUGAACUCUUACAAAUAGUGUUUCACUUUUUCUACAAAGUGUCUCUAAGAGAUUAAGACUCUAACCUACUUAAACUAUUUUUCUCAACUGACUGGUGGGCUGCCUAUGGAGUGGACCCGAACAGGAAGGAUCCAGCUCUAAAGAAGCUGACUAUGAAGAUUCUUGGACUCAUGUGUUCUGCCAGUGUUUGCGAGCGCAAUUGGAGCAUGUUCAAGGCGAUUCAUACCAAGAAAAGGAAUCGCCUUGAGCGAAAAAAGCUCAACGACUUGGUUUUCGUUCAAUAUAAUCAAAAAUUGCAAGAACGAUUCCAAAGUAGGAAAGAAAAGUCCGGUUUCUUUGACCUUAUCUACUUAGAUGAGUUGGAUGCAGAUAACGAGUGGCUCAUAGAGACGGAGGACCUAGUAUUUGCUGGAGAAGAGUUGACAUGGGCACAAGUUGAAGAUGCUGCAUACGAAUCGACACCUGGUGAAGGUAGUACCACUCGAAGGCGAAGGACGGGGGGGAGCCGGGGGGCGAGUAGUAGCGGUCAACCCGUUGAUGCGAUUGAAGAAGGAGAUUGUGAUAAUGAUGAUCAAGCUGAAGAUCAUCCACCAUUGAAUGUUGAUGAAGUCUUAGUACGUACAGAUGAUGAAAAACGGAAGAAGAAGAAGUGUAUGUGGAAGAAGGAGAUGACUCGAAUGAUGAUGAUGAUGGUGGUGGUGGUGGAUCUGGUGGUGAUAUGCCAUAAUGGCUACUAGAUUAAUGUAUAUGAUUAAUGAUUAUUGAUUAGAAAAAUAAUAAAUACAUAACUUCUUAAUUUUGUUUAAUAUUUACUAAGUCUAAGUGUGUUGAUGUUGAUGUUGUUGAUUGUU